GCGUUGACGAGAGCGGGCCUGGAUUAGCAGCCACCUUCCUCUGCUCGUGACACCCACGUGCAACCGCCUCGUCCGCUGCCACUUUCCAGUCACCCGCGCCCGUGCUCCCGCGCUGGACUGGCGGCUGCGGGGUAUUGCCGCGUGCGAGAACGAGAGACGCGGGGGGCAGAGAGGGGUUGCGGCGCGGGCGAUGGGCGACGAGGUGAUUCGCGUGGCGCGCGCGGCGCUGUGGCGGUGCCUCAAGUGCCCGCUGUGCGGGCAGCUGUGCCGCCACGCCACCACCGUCAUGGAGUGCCUCCACACCUUCUGCCGCGAAUGCAUAGAGGGCGCGGUGGAGGACGGCCGCGACAACAGCUGCCCAGAGUGCCACGUCAGCCUGGGCCACCACCCCCUGCACGCCCUCAGGUAUGACCGCCAACUGGCAGACAUAGAGGAACGAAUCUUCCCAGAAAUUGCCUUGUUCUGCCAGCAGCAGAGGUUAAGGCAACAGGAGGAGGAGGAGAGAGAGAAGGGAGAAACAGAGAGGGGUGUGGGGAAAGUGGAGGAGGAGGAAGAUGUGGAGGAAAUGGUAGAAGAGGGGGAAGAGAAUGGGGAGGAUGAUGAGGAGGGGGAUGGGGAGGAAGGGAAGGAGAAAGAGGAGGGGGAGGAGAGGGAAAAGAGGAGGGGGGAGGAGCAGGAGUGCGAGGCACAGCAGCAGCAGAAGCAGGGCGAUGCGCUUGCAGAGCGGGUAGUCGAGUGUGGUGGAUCGUUGCCAUGGCGCAUGGCGGAUGCAGAUGGCGGAGGGGGGGAGGGAGAAGAUGGACGAGGCCAGGGAGGAGCAACGAAGGUGGGGGAAUGCAGAGAAAGGCACAGCGGCGAGGGACGAGGGGAAAGGGGAGUGGAGGAGGAGGCAUGGAUGAGAGGUGAACGAGGAGCGGGCGUGGGAGGGAAUGAAGUGCACAGGAAUGAGGGUGGCGAGGUGGGGACGUCCAGGGGAGGAAAGGAAGGCAGAGUGAGUGAUAUGGGACGAGGGAGGAGUGAGUGUGAUGUGGCCAGUAGUGGGGCAGCUGACCUGCAGAGGGGAGAAGGAGCUACGGACAGUGACGGAAGGGAGGAUGGUAGGCUAGGGUGGGCGGAGGGGAAGUCGAAGUGUGAUGAGAGGAGUAUAGAGCUUUCUGGGGGUGGUGAGCAGCGAGAACGUGGCACGGGGAGUGGCAGUGGGGUUGAGAGACGAGGCCUUGGAGUGAGGCGAGAGGGCCCGGAGGAGUCAACGGAGCACCAUGGGGAGAGGGCAGGCACAGGCAAGCAGGAGAGGGAUGAAGUAGCUGGGGAGCGAACCAGUCCAGAGGGAUUGAGUGCAGCAGCGCAGGAUGGGCUUGCAGCGGCGAUGGGGGGGGGCAGCUGCCACCUUGCAUGUGGUGCAGACACGGAGGCGAGAGGGGCAGGGGGUGUAAAGGGAGGGCGGGGUGGGUGGAAGGCGAGUGGUGUAGGGAAGAGGGCGAAUGACGAGGGGGUUGGGGCAGGAGUGCAGAGCAACGUGCCCGGCAGGCAUGGCGGGGGCAAGCGGCAGAGGGUGGUGCUGGGAGGGUUGGAUGUGGGCAUCGUGGGGUGUGCAGGCAGGGACUCUGGCAUGGGCGAUGUGGUGGCGGGGGGGCUGCUGCGCGGUGAGUUGCAUAGCGGCUGGGGGGACGAUGCGAGCAUGGGAGUGGGGGAGGGGGAGGAGGAGGAGGUGCAGGGGAGCGAGAGGUGUCUGGCAGGGGCAGAGGAGGAGAUGGGGGGGGACAGGGGGCGAGAGGGGAGGGGACAUGACAGGGAUGAAGGAGAUCGGUGCGAAGCAGUGGGAGAAGAGAAUGCGGGAACAGGCAGUAAUGCGGGUGGAGAGAUGCCCGUGGAGGGGAGCAGGCACGGAGUAGAGCAAUGCGAGGGGAUGGGAGAGAGGGAUGCUGAGUGGCGCAUGUCCGUGGAUGGGUUUGUAGAGGGGGGGAACAAGGAUGUGAAAGAGGUGCAGGGGGUGCAGGAGGGGGGGCAGGUAGGGCAAUGGAGCAGGGAGAUGGAGGUGGACGGUCAUGAGCGAGUAAGGGGGAUGGUGGAGGUGGCGGGUGGUGGAAGAUAUGAUGCCAAGAAAGUAGUGGGCAGGGGAGGCGAGGAAUUGGGGGUAAGAGAGGAGGUGAGAGGGGAAGAAGAGGUGAAUGGGGGACAUGAGCAGGUGCAAGAGGAUGGCAGGAAGACAGCAGUGGAGGAGGCAGGGGCAGAGGCGGCAGUGGCAGAGGAGACAAGGGCAGAGGCGGGAAGGGCAGCGUUGGGAGGGGCAGAGGCGGGAGGGGCCGAUGGCAGUGACGAGGUGGCGGAGGUGGAUGCAGCGAGGUGGCUAGCGGCAGCGGGCAGGCGGAGGAGGCGCGUGGCAGGGAUGCCUAUGGCGGGGCUUGAGCCUGCACUGCUGCCUACAGCGCAGGCUGGUGCAGGCGAGGUCAAGGCCGAGUGGGCUGGCAUCUGGAGUGCAGGUGGCAGCACACAGGAGACGGUGGGUGCGGCGCUGGGCUGGGAGGUGGCGGUGGGAGCGGGUGGGGCUGACCAGGAGAAUGGGAUGCUGGUGACACAUGGUGACGAGCAGGCUGGUGGGGAGGAGGUGGGUGCAGGAGGUGGAGGCGUGGUGGUGGUGGCGCAGCAACAAGGUGGUGCCAGCGGUGGUGAGCAUGCUGAGAGUGGCGAGCAUGGAACGCGCUCUGGGAGCGGGCUAGUGCGAGCCAUGUCUCAUGGUUCCCAGCACGCUGAGGGAUCGCAUGAGAGUAUGCAGCAGACCCAGGGAGGGCAGGGAGAGCAAGGUUGUGUACAGGUGUGCGAGGCACGAGGUGGCAGCGGUGGAACAGGUGCAGUGGAGAAUAGAGAGAGCACACGUGCGCAUGUUGAGGGUGGUGAAGGUGGGGAUGCAGGGCGUGAGAAGCAGAGGAAGACAAGGGAGGUGGCAGCGCAGGGCACAGGGGAGAGAAGGAUAGAGAGGUGGCGGGACGUGGACAAGAAGGAGAAGAAAGAGAUAGCAGGGGGGCGGGGAAGGUUGGAGGAUGAGGGAAGUCGGUUUAUAGUGGAUGGUAGUGAAAGGAAGGAGGAAGCGCUGAUUAACGAGGAGGAGAGGAAUGAAAGAUUGGAUUUGGCGGGAAGAGAAGAGUGUGAGGAUGCAGCAGCAUGUAAUGUGGCAGGUAGAGAAACGCCUGGUGUGCCGCAUGCUGCAAGUGCUAGGGCAUCAUCUGUGGCAGCAGAGGCGGUCGUUAGGGAGAUUGCAGAUGGGGAGGCGGCUGAGAGCGUGGGUGGGAAGCAGGGUGUGAGGAAGGGAUGGGAAGCAGCAGAGAGCAGCCAGCGCAGGCUGGUGGUUGCCAUGGCGAAUGGAGUGUUGAGCCAUGUGCCUGCCGUGCCACUCGGUGCCAUGGCACACACGCGGCCAGUCUCUUCACCUCCUGCUCUUCCUGCUCCUCCUGCUCCACCUGCUCCCCCGUCCCCUCAUGCUCCCCCUUCUCCCCCUUCCCUCGAUGCCCCCCCGGCUCCCCCUGACCCCCCUGCUCCUGCUGUUCUCCCCCCUCCUACUCCUUCUCCUAGUGCUCUUACUGCUCCUGCUCCUGCCUCUCCCCCUGCCCAUCGCACCAUUUCCCCUGCGCUUGGCGGUCCCGUGUCCAGCUGUGCGCCAGGCGCUUCCAUAAAUCACACACCACGCGCUGUUGCAACUGUGGUCCAUGCUGCUGCUGGGCUCAAUGGGGGGCAACAGCGUGAGCGAGGGGAAGUGAAGGAGAGGAAUGGGGCCACAACCAUUUCAAGGGAACCUGCACCUCCCCAGUCUUCUCACACCCACCCUCAUGUGCCUGUGGCUCCCAUCUCUUCUCCCUGCAUCCUCCCCGCCUGCCCGUCACCUCCCCCUCCUUCUGCGGUCCCUGCCCCUCCCCCACUACCAACUGCCACUGCACCUCCAGCGUCCGCUGUACCUCUCACCCCAGGUGCAGGGGGGCAGCAGCAGGCAGUGCAGGCAAGCGCAGAAGCGGCAGCAGGUGCAGGGGGGCCAAGUGCGCGGGCAGGAGGAGCGGGUGACAGGGUUGCGGUGUGCACUACUGGGCUCGAUGCAGUGCUGGGACUCACCCAUCGACCCCAGUAGUGCGCACCCACCUGCUGCUGCUGCUCGUCUCCCCUCUCCUGCAUGUCCAUGGCCGGCAACUCUUUUUCACCCUGCCUGCCCUUCCCACGUAUCACUCUGCUAUCCGUGCCUCAGCCCGCAUGCCCCACCAUGACUCAGCCUUCGUGCGGCAGCAGCCACGGGUGACGACAGGAUAGGUACUACUUGAUGGGCCACGCCAUGUGUUAGGCCACGCCAUACGUGCUCAUGGCCUUCCAUUCCUUUUCACUGUUUGGCAGCCCAGAAUCGCCAAUUGUGUGGCCACUUUUGAUUUUUCCAGCUCGGUAAUACCAUGCCCGACAUGAAAAAUCUCCUAUAAAUGGGUCUGUAGGGUACAUUGAGAGAGCUGUUUAAGUUCUGGUGUCGUUUCAGAAUGGAAGAGCAAUCACCAAGGUGUGAAUCAAGAUCGAGUGAGCCU